GCUAAGAUGGCGGCCUUGGCGACCGGCGGGCUGGCGCGGAGUGAGAGGGCGACGACGAGUUUCCAAAGGAAAGGUCCGGAUGGCGGAGUCGGCCGCUUGGCCGUUCUGCCGGGCACCCGACCGUCGGUGCGGCACGGGCAGCUCCUGCUUUCCAGCGGGCUCCCUUCUUUGGACUAUGUGCUAGGUGGAGGUUUGGCUGUUGGAACCCUUCUUCUUAUUGAGGAAGAUGUAUAUGGUGUUUACUCCAAUCUGUUGUUCAAGCACUUCCUUGCAGAGGGAAUCAUUUGUGGACAUAAUUUAUUUGUUGCUUCAGAUAAAGAAGAACCUGCUGAUAUUCUAAAGGAGCUUCCAUCACCUUUGUGGAAUACUUCUAUCAAUGAAAUGGAAGAAGAAGCAACAGCUAUGGUGUCCAAGCAAGAUGCCCAGGAAUCCAUGAGAAUAGCCUGGCGUUACCAGAACGUACCAAAACUGGAGGUGACUCAAACAGCGUCUUCAAAAUUUGGACACUACUUCGAUUUAUCAAAAACAAUGGCUCCAGAACUAAUCCAGAAUAUUAAAUGGGAUGGGUUUUUCCUUCUUAAAGAAGCUGCUUUUUGUCCUGAUAUAAAAUCAUGUAAUACAGCCUGUGGUUAUACGAGACUGCUUCAUUCCAUUCAGAAAAUCAUUUAUCAGCAAGGAUAUGAUGGCUCCAUUCCCCAGAAAAAACAAAGGAACAUUUUGAGAAUUGGAAUUCAGAGCCUUGGUUCAGUACUGUGGGGUGAUGAUAUUUGUUGUACCGAAAAUCCACAAAAUAUUCAUAGCCUCACAAAAUUUCUGUAUGCACUCCGUGGCCUCCUCAGAACAUCUUUGUCUGCAUGCAUCAUUACUAUCCCAGCACAUCUGAUCCAGAAUAAAGCAAUUAUGGAACGUGUUACAAACUUGUCAGAUACGGUAGUUGGUCUUGAAUCAUUUAUCGGCUCUGAGAGAGAAACCAAUCCAUUAUACAAGGAUUACCAUGGUUUGAUUCACAUACGCCAGAUUCCUCGGCUUAAUAGCUUGAUCUGUGAUGUCUCAGACACGAAGGACCUUGCUUUUAGAUUGAAAAGGAAACUGUUUGUUAUUGAGCGAUUGCAUUUGCCUCCAGACUUGUCAGACACAGUGAGCCGCACAAGCAAACAGGAUCUGGCAGAAUCCGCCAAAUUGCUGAGCUCAGGAUGUAGUGCUAUGGCCAUAGGCAAGAAGCACCUGGACUUCUAGUGAUUUCUACUUAGCAGUUUCACUCCGAUUUAUAUGACACUCUAAUUAUGACUGUUAAUGACUUAUGUAAAUAUUUUUCUUAAUUAUUGUGACCCAGUCUAACUU